ACAGUAUCGUUUGGCUAGCUUCUCUCGCGAUAAUUUCCACACCUUUUACCCAGGGCUACGCAUUAAAUAAAAAAAGCCCAAGUCUGCUGGCUUUGAAAACAACUUUGCCCGUGAGACAUGAGUGUAACACUUACACAGGGGGCGAUUGAGGCCCUGUUCAACGGCUCAGAGUUGAACAAUCCCGUGCUGCAGCUGCUGAGCAUGCGUCAGAUCAGUAAUGCCUCUGGCCCACCCAGGUUCCGGCUUAUGAUGAGUGAUGGUCAGCACUAUUGGUCUUCCUUCCUGCUGGCCACCCAGUUAAACACUCUGGCAGAGGAAAACCUCCUGGUACCAAACUGUGUGUGUACGCUGAAGAAGACCAUCACCAACACAUUGUCAGAUGGCAGGCAUGUGGUGAUUGUGAUGGGCAUAGAGAUAUUGCAAUCGGCUGAGGAAACUGGAGGGAAGAUUGGAAAUCCCACGGCAUAUAAUGCAGAUGAUAAGACGUCAUGUCCACAAAAUUCAGGUUCAGGCACCUCUGUCUCAGCAUCCCCUCCAUCAGCUGCAGUACCUGGACCCUCCUAUAAGAACAACAGCACAGCCCAUUCUCCUCCCCGCGGCCGUGGAAGAGGUUUUGUGGGAAAGUCACCCAAGAAGGCUCCACCCAUGACGUUUUCACCCAAGAAGGCUUCACCCAUGACGUUUUCACCCACGAAGGCUUCACCCAUGACGUUUUCACCCACGAAGGCUUCACCCAUGACGUUUUCACCCACGAAGGCUACCAGCACUUCUCCAGGCUCUUCAGCAAAAGUGAUUCCUAUAGCUAACCUCAACCCCUACCUAAGCAAGUGGACUAUCAGAGCCCGAGUCACCAACAAGUCCAACGUCCGCACCUGGAAUAACUCCAGAGGAGAGGGCAAGCUCUUCUCCUUUGAGAUAGUGGAUGAGAGUGGAGAAAUCAAGAUCACAGCUUUCAACAAAGAAGUGGACAAGUUUUUCUCUCUAGUUGAGCAAGGCAAGGUGUACUACAUCUCCAAGGCUACGCUGAAGGUGGCCAACAAACAGUACACCACACUGAAGAACGACUAUGAGAUGACCCUCCAUGCUCAUUCAUCCAUUAUACCGUGUGAUGACAGUCAGGGCGUCCCCACAGCGCACUGUGACUUUGUGCCCAUCGCAGAGCUGGAGAACAGAGACAAGGACGCCAUCAUUGACAUUAUUGGAGUGUGCAAGAGUGCAGAGGAUGUAUCCCGUAUCACCACUAAGACCAGCAGAGAAGUCUCCAAGAGGGCCCUCAACCUAAUAGACACAACUGGCAAAGUAGUGACAGUCACACUGUGGGGAGAUGAGGCAGAGAAGUUUGACGGCUCUGGGCAGCCUGUGGUUGCCAUCAAAGGAGCUCGCUUGUCUGAUUUUGGGGGCAGAUCUCUCUCUGCUUUGUUCAGCUCAACAGUCAUGGUCAACCCAGACAUACCGGAGGCCUUUAGAUUGAGAGCCUGGUAUGACCAGAAAGGCUAUGCACUCAACAGCCAAUCCCUGACAAACACAAGGUCAGCGGGCAGUGAAGCAAAGAUGAACUGGAAAACACUGAGCGAUGUUAAGAGUGAACACAUGGGACAAGGAGAGAAGGCGGAAUAUUUCAGCUGCGUGGCGACAGUGCUGUACACUCGUAAGGAGAAUUGUCUGUACCAGGCCUGUCCAUCGGCAGACUGCAACAAGAAGGUCAUAGACCAAAAGAACGGACUGUACCGCUGUGAAAAGUGUAAUAGAGAGUUCCCCAACUUCAAAUACAGACUCCUACUUUCUGCCAACUUAGCAGACUUCGGGGAUAACCAGUGGGUGACAUGCUUCCAGGAGACAGCUGAGGCCCUGUUAGGUCACAGCGCAGAAACACUGGGACAGUUCAGAGACACAGACGAGGCUGCAUUUGAUGAAGUCUUCCAGAAAGCUAACUUCACAACGCACAUAUUUAAAAACAGAGUCAAGCUGGAGACAUACAAUGAGAAGUGGUGGCCCCCGCGUUGGUGGACCAGUGGACUGUCAAAAAAAGUUUCAACUGGCUCUGUCUGUCACUUUACCGCCCUUCUCUGUGUUGUGUGCCUGUCAUUUGAGAUGCGCAAGAGAAGGUGCUGCGUGUGUACCUGUUUCAACCCUCACCGACCCCGCCAGGACCCCCCCCCCCAAUUCAACAGGGUUACAGUGGCUAUUUCAAGUAAUGUACCGAGUCACUUUAUCUCGUUCAAAACAGCUAACUGCCUAUACCAAAUCGGUUUAAAAGGAAUUAAUUGCAUAACAAGACACAAUAAGCACUUUAACCAUUAAAGCCUGUUUGUUGCAUUGCAUACCUGUAUUUGUUGUUGUAAUCAAAUGUUUGGGCACCUCUGGACAAAUUACAUAUUUGUUUGAUUUUUAAAGUGACAAGAAGUAAAUAUAACUCCUGUAGCAAAAAUACAUUAAAAUGAGCCUUUCUUUAAAUAUUAAUGCGCUGAUACUUUUCAUUUCAUAAAAGUAAACAGAAAUUGUGGCUCGUGCAACUCUUUGGGCACGAUUCUCCUCGUAAAACACUCAGGACUUGGAAUAGAAUUGUUAGGGAGUUCAUGAGGAAUUAUUAAGUCACAUUUCCAGAGCUGAUAAAUCCUCUGACUCUUUGAACCUUGUGGUAACCCUCAACAAUCACGGACUCCUCUAAGCAACUAACCGAGGAGCUAAAAAAAUGAAGCUAAUUGAUGCCUACAAAGCAGGGGAGGCUAUAAAAAGUUAUCAGAGCACUUCCAGCUUGAAAUUUCCACUUUCCACUGUAAGAAAUGGCAGUAAAGGGGAAUGGUGAAAGUUAGGACAAGAUCUGGAACAACACGUACUAAGCACUGAGUUUCACUUUAAAUAUAAACAAAUCAUCAAAUAUGCUGUGUGUUCUAGUUGCCUAAUUACUUAACUGUAACUGUAAAUCUAAAUCACUGCCAAUUAAAAAUUGAUUUGGAAAAACUCACCCUGUUAAUCACACAUUAAAGGUUAUAUUGUAUCUUAGUAUGGGAGGGCAGAAGUACUAAACAGAUACUGAUGACAUUAUUUUUUUUUCUGUGUUGUAGGAAAGGGCAACAAUUUAAACCCUAACAAAACCCCAACAGGAAAAAUGUAAAAUUGAUGAUUACAGUAUACCACAAAGUAGAGAUAAUGAGCUCUGAGCAGAUACAUCUUCUGCACAAGGCUUGUCAGUUUAUGCAGUAUUCAUUUUCACUGGUUGUUAGUCAAAGUUUACUGUUUUUAUUUCAAAGCUUAUGAUUCAAACAUAUGAGCACAGAACGGAAAGUCUGUGAUUCACUGGUUCAGUGUGUCUUCCUACCUCAGCCUCAGUUCUUUCCCAUAUACUUUUGAGUGUGACACUGCAAAAAGAUAAGACAUCUAUAACAUUGUUUUCAUUUUUUUUUAUUGUUUUCAAAAUAGAACAAUGUAAUGAAAUGUCAGAGCUCUACAAGACUAAUGAAGUGACAAAAUUUGUACUUUGCCAUAUUUUCUAAACAGGCACACAGAGAGAAAGAACAACCUUGCUUAGGAUCACAUGUCAAAGUUUCUGUUUGAACUUCUUUUGCAUAUAAACUCGAGUUUGUAUUAUUUUAGGGAAGAACAGAGACGAUAAACUACCGAUUUUUAGACUUAAAAAGCACAGUGCACUCAAAUCCCCAAAAAUCUUUUCAGCCAUCGACUGUAAAUAUUAAACCACAUAAGCCUAUAGCUGAACGUGAUACAGGUGGUGAUUCUAGUGGUGCAGCAGUCUUUGGUUCUUCAGACUUUUUUGAAAAAUUUUGCAUUUUUAAGAACGUCUUUAUAUUGAAGUGUUGGUCUACAGUUUGACAGAUUUGUUAGAAUUGUUAGAAUUAAAGUAAUCAAAAUUGUCAUAUAAAUUGACAAUAAACUUUGAAGGGAAAUUCAUGUUACAAAGUACAAGAAACGAGGUAAGAAAACAGAUUUUCUAUUUAAAAAAAAAAAAUACAA